AAUGCAAGUCAAACACUAUAGGUUAAUAUCAGAACUUUAUACUUCUCCUCAAAACAAAACUUCCUAUUCUGAAAACAUCUUUAGAGUCAACAAAAAUAGCAGCUCAUAACCAAAAUUAUCAUCUCUUAUUCCUUCUAGACAUACACUUAGUACAGGUCAAUCUUUCACUACAAAUGAAUCUGCUAUUAAAAUAUCUGCCAUCAUACCUAGAAAUCAUGAUGAAAGACCUUAUAGUAGGCUUACUACUGGAUUCCAGAAAUAUAGAUCUUACUUAGAUUGCAAAAGAUUGACAUCAUAAACUAAAUAUAUGUAAACUCUUGAUGAUUGGGAAAUGAACACUAUUGAAGAAAUUUAAAUGAGAAGAACUUCCAAUAAAUAAACUAUUAAUUGCAAAUAAUUAUGUAAUAACAAUAUUGAAAAUAAAAUGCAUUUUACUACAUUAAAAAAACCCAAAAAAAAUACUAUGUAAAAAGUUAUUAUUAUCAAUCAUUAAGGCAAACCUAAAAUCUAUUAUUAUAUGCAAUGA